UUAAGUAUAUGUCAAAAAGUUCUAAAAGAUGGCAGAGGCCGCCUUUUCGAAGGACGGGAAAUAUUAUUCAGCAAUAACUCAAGACGGUAGAUUGAGAAUAUGGGACACAGAAACUAAUCUCCUGGAACAGGAGUACACGCCAAACCUCCAUUUGACGUCGCCUCCAUCAUGUUUACAGUGGAUCAGCGUCACAUCAACUACAAGUCCACAAAAAGGUAGAAGAAAAUCUGUCGACGUUCCAGAAACACAAUGUAUAGCGUUAGGAACGUCAAGCGGAAAGAUUCUUCUAUAUUCCAUAAGCCAAGCUAAAGUCGAAACAGUUUUGACGGAUCCGAAAAUAAAGAAUAAAAUUCAAAGUCUAGAUUGGCAUAGGAAAUAUGGUUUGUUUAGUUGUACGCACGACAACUUCGUCCAAGAGUGGGACAUAGAGAGUUCAACCGUUAGAAAUAAGUACAAUGUUAAUAUUGUAAGUAAGAAUAAACAAAGUAACAAAGUCAGUGCUAUAAGAAUCGUGCCUCAUAACCAGAACACUCCAGCAAAAUAUUUAAUAUCGGCAUCAUGGCAAGUUUGCCUCUGGAGAUUGCAUGGGAAUGAUUCUACAGUUAUUAAAUGUCUCGGACACAGUGCAGCACCCAGAGCUCUGCUAACUAUAGCUCAAUUAAAUAAAUCAUGCUGGUUGAUAGAGGGCUCUCAAACUGAACGACUUCUAUCGUUCUGGGACGUCACAAUAACGGAUGAACACUUACCUCAAACAAAUGGAGAAGAAGUUACGCCAAGUAAACGACAAAGAAAGUUAUCCCUCAAUGCUCCCGUCAUACCCACUCCGACAUACAACUUUGUACUAGAAGAUGCACCGAGAAUUAUUGACGUUGAAAUAAAAGCAGAAGACGGUGCUACAAAGUUAAACUUAGCUGCAGCUACUAGGAGUGGUGUUGUACAUUAUUAUGGACAUAUGUUAAAUGGAGCAUCAACUAAACCAAUAAAACCUUCCAACACAAUACAAGUGACAACCGAGGAUGCACAACCUCUGCCUUUGCAGUGUUGCAAAUUGCCAACGACAGGAGACUUGCUGAUAGGAUACAACAAUGGACCAUCGUUACUCUUUGAGAAAAUUACUCCAGAUUUAAAAUCAAAAACACAAGUGUUAAUAAGGGGCGAGGCGAAAGUAAAGAGUAAAGUGAACCAGACAAAAGAUGUCAAUAAGGUUCGUUUAGGAAAGGGGGGUGACGUCACAUAUGUGGAACCCAUGGGAGGUGUCAGCAGAAAAAGAACAACACCAGGAGGCAAGGUGGAGUUGUCGAUGGAAGACCGUCUAGCAAACCUAACAGUGGAUGUUAAGAACCGGAACAAGUCGGCAGUCAGUCAGAACAUGACUAAACUUUUGAUGCAAGGAUUACAUUCGAAUGAUAAAGCGGUGCUUCUGUCGGUGCUGCAGCAGGACGACGCGCGGCUGGCGACGCGCACGGUGAGCGCGCUCCCCCCCGAGCACGUGCCGCGCCUGCUGCAGCAGCUCGCCGACCUCGCCAGCCGCAAGACCAGCCAAUGUGCGGCGUCGUGCACCUGGCUAACAGCAGUAUUGAAGUGUCACUCCGCCUUAGUGCUGGCCACGCUUAACUCGAAAACAUCGGACCACCUUACACAAUUGCUGGCAAUAUUUACUCACAGACGUUCACAUCUUUGUCAACUGUUGAACCUGAAAGGACGUCUGGACCUUACAAUAUCACAACGCUCCAGUGAAGAUGAAAUUGUUGAACAGCAGCCUGUACUUGAAUAUAAUGACACUUCAUCCGAUGAGGAAGUAGAACUGGAAAAGUAUCAAUCGGACAGUGACCAGAUGUGGGAAGAUGACGAGGUGGACGGAGAGAGCCAAGGCAGUCACAGUGACAGAUCGGAUGGCUGACAUAAUAAAUAUUGUUUUUA